UAUUUUCAGGAUGUGAUCCGCUGAGGCAUGGAAUUGUUCGAUGGCGACAAAUAUGUUUGCGACUUUUCUGAACUGCCUCCCAAAUUGCGUUCGAAGUUCUGCCGCAAUGGGAUUCAGAAACGUGGAGGAGUUUGGAAGGCUUUGUUGGAGGAAGACUGCGAUGACAAAUCUGGGAAUUGCACCACGACUCCAGAACCAGUUGGGAACGGG